AUGGGCCCAUCAGCAGCAGGAGGGUUAAAUCCAGCAUCUCUUCUUGCACGGAGAGCAUCUGCCUCCAAACACACCCUGAGAGACCAGCCUGCGCUCCAGCUCCCCGCAGUUUUGCAGGUGGGCGACCAGAGGAGAGGUUCACAGAGGUGGGGGCGGGCUGAGCCUCGGCUUUUGGCAGCUUCACCACAGGCGGAGGGAGCGGGGAGGACCCGGCGGCUGCUGCGGAGGAUGCUAAGUUUGGGCUGGCUGCUGCUCCCGCUGGUUGAGGGAAUCCAUCCAGAAUGCAAGAUAUUCCAGCAGGUGGUGAAAGAAGAGGCUCUCUGCUUAGAGAAGAAUGAAUCUGUUUCAGCUGAUCUUAAAGGAUGUGCCAGAGAUUGGGAUGGCCUGACCUGCUGGCCCAGAGCCACUUUUGGGGAAGUCGUUAAAGUUCCCUGUCCAAGAUUUUUUGAAGAAAUCACCAAUAUCCAUGGCUUCCUUCAGAGAAACUGUACACAAGAGGCAUAUUGGUCAGAACCAUUCCCACCAUACACCAUUGCCUGUGGAUUUGAUGAAGGUUCCAGUAAAGGGCCUGAGGAUCAGAAAUCAUAUUAUUCUGCAUUUUGGCGUGUCUACACUGCUGGCUAUGCAGCAUCAGUGACUUCACUCAUUACAGCUCUAAUUGUCUUUGCUGCCUUCAGAAAAUUCCACUGUACAAGGAAUUACAUCCAUAUGCACCUAUUUGUCUCCUUUAUCCUGAGAGCAAUUGCUGUUUUCACCAAAGAUGCUGUUUUGUUUGCAGAUGAAACUAUGGACCACUGCCUAAUGUCAACGGUUGCUUGUAAGGCUGCUGUGGCAUUCUUCCAGUUCAGUAUUUUAGCCAAUUUCUUCUGGCUUCUUAUAGAAGGGAUAUACUUGCAAACACUGCUUUUGCUGACCUUUGUUUCGGACAAGCAGUAUGUAUGGUGGUUCAUAUUUAUUGGCUGGGGAGCUCCCACUGCUGUGAUGUUUGCUUGGAUCCUCACAAGAAUCCAUCGACAAAAUACCGGGUGUUGGGAUGAUGAUGAAAAUGGAGUGGUGCUAUGGAUCAUCAAAGGCCCCAUUGUGCUAACUGUAUUAAUUAACUUUAUUAUAUUUAUUAAUGUGAUCAGAAUUCUAAUCCAUAAAUUGAAAUCUCAAGAGGGAGGAGGGAGCCAUUCAAGCCAUUUUGUGAGACUUGCUAAAUCCACGUUACUCUUGAUUCCCCUCUUUGGAGUGCACUACAUUGUAUUUGCAUUCUUCCCAGAAACCACUGGUCUGGAAGCUCGCCUUUAUAUUGAGUUGGGUUUGGGUUCUUUUCAGGGUUUUGUUGUCGCUCUUCUAUAUUGCUUCUCAAAUGCAGAGGUUCAAAGUGAACUGAAGAAACAACUGUGCAAAUGGCAGUAUCAAGAAUACCUGAACUUCACACACAAACACGGGACUUUGUCCAGAGAAAACAGCCCAGUCAACUAUGUCACUCAGUUAUCACUACUUGAAAAAAUCAGUCCAAACAGGAAAACAUCUGUGUACCAGAAUGGUGUAACCUCGGUCUGA